UGGAAGGUCCCUGUCUUAAGAGCUAAUGGCGGAUGCAGGCGGGUUGUCGUUGGAGGUGGCUUAGGCCUUGAAGGAACUCUGCAUCUGUUGGAUAUCUCCGCCAUCCUCCCCCGCUGCAGGUUUGCUUUGACUUCGUGUAACCAACACCUGGAUUGUGGAGUGGUGGGUGGCUCCGUGUUGCUGCCACCAUGUUCCUCUAUAACUUGACCUUGCAGCGAGCCACUGGCAUCAGCUUUGCCAUUCAUGGCAACUUCUCCGGAACAAAACAACAGGAAAUUGUUGUUUCCCGUGGAAAGAUCUUGGAGCUGCUUCGCCCUGAUCCCAACACUGGCAAAGUACACACCCUACUAACUGUGGAAGUAUUUGGUGUUAUUAGGUCACUUAUGGCCUUUAGGCUGACAGGUGGCACCAAAGACUACAUUGUGGUUGGCAGUGACUCGGGUCGGAUUGUUAUCCUGGAAUACCAGCCAUCUAAGAAUAUGUUUGAGAAAAUUCACCAAGAAACUUUUGGCAAGAGUGGAUGCCGCCGCAUUGUUCCUGGCCAGUUCUUAGCUGUGGAUCCCAAAGGGCGAGCUGUUAUGAUUAGUGCCAUUGAGAAACAGAAAUUGGUGUAUAUCUUGAACAGAGAUGCUGCCGCCCGGCUUACCAUCUCAUCUCCCCUGGAGGCCCACAAAGCGAACACUUUAGUGUAUCAUGUGGUUGGAGUAGAUGUUGGAUUUGAAAAUCCAAUGUUUGCUUGUCUGGAGAUGGAUUAUGAGGAAGCCGACAAUGAUCCAACAGGGGAAGCAGCAGCUAAUACCCAGCAGACACUAACUUUCUAUGAGUUAGACCUUGGUUUAAAUCAUGUGGUCCGAAAAUACAGUGAACCUUUGGAGGAACAUGGCAACUUCCUCAUUACAGUUCCGGGAGGUUCAGAUGGUCCAAGUGGAGUGCUGAUCUGCUCUGAAAACUACAUCACCUACAAGAACUUUGGUGACCAACCAGAUAUCCGCUGUCCAAUUCCUAGGAGACGGAAUGACCUGGAUGACCCAGAAAGAGGAAUGAUUUUUGUCUGCUCUGCCACCCAUAAGACCAAAUCGAUGUUCUUUUUUUUGGCCCAAACUGAGCAGGGCGAUAUUUUCAAGAUUACUUUGGAGACAGAUGAAGAUAUGUCUUCUUUGCUUUCCAGUUAUUUAUAUCAAAUUGCACAUCUUGGAGAUGAUGACGAAGAACCUGAGUUUUCAUCUGCCAUGCCUCUGGAAGAAGGAGACACAUUCUUCUUUCAGCCAAGACCACUCAAAAACCUUGUGCUUGUUGAUGAAUUGGACAGCCUCUCUCCCAUUUUGUUUUGCCAGGUGUGGGUCUUUCUAGUCACCUCUGCAAUGAGCAGUGCCAGCCAGAAGUUUUUGAAUCUGAAUGAGUUUAAAGUUUUAACUCCAAUUCGGAAACCAGUAUCAGAAAUGGCUGUCUCUGAACUACCCGGUAACCCCAAUGCUGUCUGGACAGUGCGCCGGCACAUUGAAGAUGAGUUUGAUGCCUAUAUCAUUGUGUCUUUCGUGAAUGCCACACUUGUGUUGUCCAUUGGAGAGACUGUGGAAGAAGUGACUGACUCUGGGUUCUUGGGCACCACCCCAACCUUGUCCUGCUCCUUGUUAGGAGAUGAUGCCUUAGUGCAGGUGUAUCCUGAUGGCAUUCGGCACAUACGAGCAGACAAGAGAGUCAAUGAGUGGAAGACCCCCGGAAAGAAAACAAUUGUGAAAUGUGCGGUGAAUCAGCGGCAAGUGGUGAUUGCCCUGACAGGAGGAGAGCUGGUCUAUUUUGAGAUGGAUCCCUCAGGACAGCUGAACGAGUACACAGAGCGGAAGGAGAUGUCAGCAGAUGUGGUGUGCAUGAGUCUGGCCAAUGUGCCUCCUGGGGAGCAGCGGUCCCGUUUCCUGGCGGUGGGGCUUGUGGACAACACUGUCAGAAUCAUCUCCCUGGACCCCUCAGACUGUCUGCAACCUCUGAGCAUGCAGGCUCUCCCAGCCCAGCCUGAGUCCUUGUGUAUUGUGGAAAUGGGUGGGACUGAGAAGCAGGAUGAGCUGGGUGAGAGGGGCUCUAUUGGCUUCCUAUACCUGAAUAUUGGGCUACAGAAUGGUGUGCUUCUGAGAACUGUCUUAGAUCCUGUCACUGGGGAUCUGUCUGACACCCGCACUAGGUAUCUGGGGUCCCGUCCUGUGAAACUCUUCCGUGUCCGGAUGCAAGGCCAGGAAGCAGUGUUGGCCAUGUCAAGCCGCUCAUGGUUGAGCUAUUCUUACCAAUCUCGUUUCCACCUCACCCCCCUGUCUUAUGAGACCCUGGAAUUUGCAUCUGGCUUUGCCUCUGAACAGUGUCCUGAGGGCAUUGUGGCCAUUUCCACCAAUACCCUGAGGAUUUUGGCAUUAGAGAAGCUAGGUGCGGUCUUUAAUCAAGUAGCCUUUCCACUGCAGUACACACCCAGGAAAUUUGUCAUCCACCCUGAGAGUAACAACCUUAUCAUCAUUGAGACUGACCACAAUGCCUACACCGAGGCUACAAAAGCUCAGAGGAAGCAGCAGAUGGCAGAGGAAAUGGUGGAAGCAGCAGGGGAGGAUGAGCGGGAGCUAGCUGCAGAGAUGGCAGCAGCAUUCCUCAAUGAAAACCUCCCUGAGUCCAUUUUUGGAGCUCCUAAGGCUGGCAAUGGGCAGUGGGCCUCUGUGAUCCGAGUGAUGAAUCCUAUUCAGGGUAACACACUGGACCUUGUUCAGCUGGAACAGAACGAGGCUGCUUUUAGUGUGGCCGUUUGCAGGUUCUCCAACACGGGUGAUGAUUGGUAUGUGCUGGUGGGUGUGGCCAAAGACCUGAUACUGAAUCCCCGAUCUGUAGCAGGGGGCUUUGUCUAUACCUACAAGCUUGUGAACAGUGGGGAGAAACUGGAGUUUUUGCACAAGACUCCAGUGGAAGAGGUCCCUGCGGCCAUUGCUCCAUUCCAGGGUAGGGUGUUGAUUGGUGUGGGGAAGCUUCUGCGAGUCUAUGACCUGGGGAAGAAGAAGUUGCUCCGGAAAUGUGAGAACAAGCAUAUUGCCAAUUAUAUCUCUGGAAUCCAGACUAUUGGGCACAGGGUAAUUGUGUCUGAUGUCCAAGAAAGUUUCAUCUGGGUUCGCUACAAGCGUAAUGAGAACCAGCUCAUCAUCUUUGCCGAUGAUACCUACCCCCGAUGGGUCACUACAGCUAGCCUCCUCGACUAUGACACUGUGGCUGGGGCAGACAAGUUCGGCAACAUUUGUGUGGUAAGGCUCCCACCUAACACCAACGAUGAAGUGGACGAGGAUCCCACAGGAAACAAAGCCCUGUGGGACCGGGGCUUGCUCAAUGGUGCCUCUCAGAAGGCAGAGGUGAUCAUGAACUAUCAUGUGGGAGAGACAGUGCUGUCCUUACAGAAGACCACGCUGAUCCCUGGAGGCUCAGAAUCCCUGGUCUACACCACCUUGUCGGGAGGAAUUGGCAUCCUUGUCCCAUUCACAUCUCACGAGGACCAUGACUUCUUCCAGCACGUGGAAAUGCACCUACGGUCUGAGCAUCCCCCUCUUUGUGGGCGAGACCACCUCAGCUUUCGUUCCUAUUAUUUCCCUGUUAAGAAUGUGAUUGAUGGAGAUCUCUGUGAGCAGUUCAACUCCAUGGAGCCCAACAAACAAAAGAAUGUCUCUGAAGAACUGGACCGAACCCCACCUGAGGUGUCCAAGAAGCUUGAGGACAUCCGGACUCGCUAUGCCUUCUGAGCCUUUUUUCCCAUGGGGCUUGUCAGAGACUCUGUGUUUUAUUUUCCCCACUACCUGGCUCUGAACUCAUAUGGCAGAAGAAGAGUGGCUGGUUAAUUAAGACUGCAAUAUUAAAGCUAACGGCUCUUUCCCAGCCACUCUUCCAUGAAAUGACUGGUGUCCCCUAAAAUUGGCAUUGAGAAUUGCUACGCUUCUCUCUGCCUGGUACAUAAUACAUUGCCCCAGGUUCCGGUGUGGAAUACAAUGCCCCUUAGUCCCCAGAGCUUUCCCUGCAUUGAUAUUUCUGGCUCUCGUGUCACUUUUGUACACACCCUUAAUUUUUAACUGGUUUUCCUGUAAAUAUAGUUUUGUACCAUGUUAUCUUUGUGAUGGGAGGCAAGCUGAGGUGAGGACCAGGCUGGAUAUAGUAUAACUCCUGCGUUCUGCCAUUCUGGAACCUAACCAGAAAUACAAACCUAGUUUUUAAGGUA